AUGAAAGUUAUCUAUGCAUACGGUGAUACUCGUUCGCAACUUCUGGGAGAUGUUCCUGAAGUAAUCGUAAUAGAUGAUGAUAUUCCAGAUUUUGAGAAACUGGACGACAGCUUCGAAUUGGAUGAUAUGAUAAGUUUUGUCUUAAAAGGAGAGCAAACCCUUCCGAAAAGGGAAGUGAUCGAUUCGGAACCAGCUGAGAAAGAGCAUGCUGCAGAAAUUGAAGAAAACAUGGCUGAAAAAGAUAUUUCCGACCACACUGUUGAAGAAAAGAAAGUUCUGGUUGAUUUGGAAACCGUGGCAACUGAAGGAUCAAAGCACUUGGUUUAUAUUGAGAAUGGAAAAACAGUAUCAGGAUUAUUCGAUAUUUCUACUUCUCUUGGAAUCACUCAAUUAGCUGAACUUUUGAAAGAAAAAUCCCCUUAUCAUUUCAAUGCUUUGAUGGGUGCUCAGGAACCUCCAAUGGAAAUCAACUCAAUGGAAAACGUAAGAGAUGAAAACAUCGAGCAAGAGUCAGACGGAACAGUUGAUGAAGAAGAAGGAGAAGACAUAAUGAUGGCCGAGGAUGCAGCUGAUACCACUGAUGAGCAGACACCAUCACCGCAAGUUCAUGUGAAUAAUGUGAAGAUUGAGAGUAUCCUGGAUCCGAAGACGGAUGAAGGAGAAACUCAAUCUGAAUCUGAAAGCACUCCAAUGUCGGUUAGUUUCCACAUUGAUGAGAUGAGAUCUACCAUAGAAUUCAAUUCAAUCUUGCCACUAAACCCACAAGAGAAGUCUGCAAUUGUUCCAACAUCUCCAGAAGAAGACAAAACUCACUUCUUGCCAAGUCCACUACCUGAAAAGAAACCAAGCAUCAUUCUUCCUCCACGUACGCCUCCUUCGAAACGCCGUAAUCGACACUCGAAUCGUCACAUUAAGACUGACGCGUCUUCCCGCUCUUAUUCUCCAGUCCCUUUCCGUGUCAUUGACCAUCGUGGUCCAUGGAAGCGAAACAGUGAGCGAUUCAACUAG